AUGGCAUUUUAUUGGUAUCAAAAAUCAGCUGAUCAAAAUAAUAGUGAUGCACAAAAUCAAUUAGGAUUUUUUUUUGAAAAUGGAUGGGGAAUUGAAAUGGAUUUAAAAAUGGCAUUUUAUUG